AUGAAAUGUACUGCAAGGGUAACUAUAAUUUGUAUUGAGGGCCAGCAUAAGAUUCGCAAAUUUGAUGCUAAGCAGCACAAUCAUGCUCAAGAAGCAAGCAAACCUGACGUUUUGAAAGCCUGCAUUCAAAUGAAAGAGCUGGCUCAAAUUAGCAACUAUCAACCUGCACAAAUCAUUAGUAAUGUUAUCGCUAUAACAGCGCAUGAAAUACGACCAUGUUUACCACGAAAAGAUGCUUUAAGACAACAAAUCCAAAGAGCAAAACGUGUUUGUGACGUAGAAGUUGAAACGAAAACUUUGGACGAUUUUAAAUUACCAGAUGCAUCUUCUAUUACACUCAGUGGAAUGCAUUUUUCAAAAGACAUCAACGAUGGAACUGAAAGAAUUUUGCUUUUCACAACAAGUGAAAAUCUUAAAUGGCUGCAAAAAGCAAAAUUUUGGAUUAUGGAUGGAACAUUUAAAACUGUUCCAACGUUAUUUCGGCAAUUGUACAGCAUUCACGCACCUGCUGGCGAAAAUGUUAAUUCCAGAAUUGUUCCAUUAGUUUACGCGCUGGUGAGUGUGAAAAGCGAAGAAUUAUAUCAAAGAUUAUUUCAAGAACUAAAUGAAUGGGCAGAAGAAAAUGAAUUGGAAUUAAAACCAGACUUCGUAUUAACUGAUUUUGAAAAGCUUCAAUCAAUGCAGUAA